UCCAUUUUUCUUUUCAAUUUCUACACUCACGCAAGAAUUUCCAAACUUUUGUUUAAUCAAUCUAUUUCCAGGAAUUGCAUUGUGAGCAGGCAGAGAAGCUCUGUAUUGUGAUUUAUUGGCACGAGAAUAGACGCGCGGAACUUCGAAGCUCAGUUUUACUCCUCCAGCAAUUUCAGCCAUCGUGUUCAGCAAACUCGGGCGUUUGAUACCGGCAGUUUUAGACAAUUGGUCUGCCUGGCUGCUCAAGAGAUUUUACUGUUUUAUAAUUUUCGUUUUGUAAGUAAGAGAUGAAUCGGUGAAAAGCUGGAAAUUGAGUGGGGAUGGAGUAAGAACAUCUUCAUGGUGACUAUAUCCUUGCUCUGAGAUUUAAGCAUGACUAUCAACACUCGGAGAAAGUAGAAGCUUGUCUGGGUUUUAUUUGUGAUAUGGCAAGUUAUAUGGAAUCAAUUGGAACCCCACAGAUGCUACCACCCCCACCUGGGAGCUUCAUUGAUCGUGAAGAACUUAUCCAACAUGUAGGAGAGUAUGCUCUAUCCCAAGGAUAUGUUGUUACAAUCAAGCAGUCCAAAAAGGAUAAAGUGGUAGUCCUUGGCUGUGACAGGGGAGGUGUUUAUCGAAAUAGGCGUAAGCAUGCUGAUGAGACAUCUUGUGAACACCCUCGCAAAAGGAAAACUGGUUCUCGACUCACAAAUUGUCCAUUUGAACUUCAAGGAAAGAAGGUAGAUGGCUUGUGGGUACUUACUGUGAAAAAUGCUUCACACAACCAUGAAGCUCUGAAGGACAUUUCAGAACAUCCUUCUGCUCGUUGCUUCUCAGAGAAAGAAGUAUUGCUAAUUAAAGAGAUGUCUGAAGCUGGUUUGAAACCACGCCAGAUUUUAAAGAGACUGAGACAAAGCAAUCCUGAACUUUUAUCAACGCCAAAACAUGUUUACAAUGUUAAAGCCAAGCUACGACAAGGAAACCUUACUGUUAGGAGGUUGAAAACUUUGAAACCCAGUAGUGAAGAAACUCAGCCUUCAACUUCAGAGCCUUCAUGGAGGAAAAACUAUCCUCUGCAUAGGAGGAAAUGUAAGAUGCUGGGCAUCCACUUGAACAUUAGGUGCCCAAAUUUCAUUGGUGGUAGAUUUCUUGACUCGCAAUCAUCAGUGUCUCUUGAUGUUAUUAAUCCUGCAACACAGCAAGUGGUUUCACAAGUUCCUUUAACAACUGAUGAUGAAUUUAAGGCUGCAGUAUUUGCAGCGAAAAGAGCUUUUCGAUUGUGGAGGAACACAUCAGUCACACUGCGUCAACGUAUUAUGUUUAAGUUCCAAGAACUUAUUCGAAGAGAUAUUGAUAAGCUUGCCUUCAAUAUUACAGCUGAGCAUGGAAAGACAUUAAAGGAUGCAUACAAUGAAGUGCAACGUGGACUUGAGAUGGUGGAUCAUGUUUGUGGAAUAGCUAGAAUACAGAUGGGAGACUUCUUUCCAAAUAUAUCAAAUGGAGUUGAUUCUUAUAGCAUUAGAGAGCCUCUUGGAAUUUGUGCUGGAAUUUGUUCUUUCAACUUUCCAUCAAUGAUUCCAUUGUGGAUGUUUCCUUUUGCAAUUUCAUGUGGCAAUACAUUUAUUCUGAAGCCUUCAGAGAAAUCUCCAGGGGCUUGCAUGAUACUUGCUGAAUUAGCACUGGAAGCUGGUUUGCCUAAUGGCGUCUUAAAUAUUGUUCAUGGCACUAAUGAUAUUGUAAAUUCCAUCUGUGGUGAUGAUGAUAUUAAAGUUGUGUCUAUUUUUGGUUCUGAUGCGUCUGGGAUGCAUGCCCAUGGAAGAUGCCCUUCCAAGGGUAAAUAUGUUCAGGCCAAUAUUGGAGCCAAGAAUUAUGCAAUUGUCAUGCCUGAUGCAAACAUGGAUGCCACUUUGAAUGCUUUAGUUGAAGCUGGUUUUGGUGCUGCAGGACAAAGGUGUAUGACAAUCAACACUGUUGUCUUUGUCGGAGACUCGAGUUCCUGGGAAGAUAAACUAGUAGAGCGGGCAAAAGUACUCAAAGUAAAUGCUGGAACUGAACCUGGUGCGAACCUUGGUCCAGUAAUUAGUAAUCAGGCUAAGGAAUGGAUUUCCAGGACAAUCCAGGCUGGUAUUGAUAGCGGAGCCAGAUUAGUACUUGAUGGAAGAGAGAUUGCGGUUUCCAAAUAUGAAAUGGGCAACUUCAUGGGUCCUACAAUUUUGGCUGACAUCAAAGUUGACAUGGAAUUUCACAAGGAGGAAAUACUUGGUCCAGUUCUUUUUUGUAUGCAGGCCGGUAGCUUAGAUGAAGCCAUAUGCAUUGUCAACUGCAGCAAACUCUGCAUUGGAGCCUCUAUAUUUACUAGUUCUGGUGCAGCUGCAAGGAAAUUCCGGACUGAGAUUGAAUCUCGCCAGGUGGGCAUAAAUGCUGUUCUUCCUGCACCAUUGCCUUUCUUCUUGCUCACCGAUUCCAGGGCUUCUUUUACUGGGGAUCUCAGUGUGAAUGGUAAGGACAUACUGAAUUUCUACACCCAAACAAAAACAGUGACCCAGCAAUGGAAGGAUUUCCCCACUAGUGAAGGCACAUUCAUGGCAUCCACAUCAAACGAUCCCCUGGCUCGUGACAGGGACUUGUCCAAUAGCAAUGGAGUAUCAUUGGCGCUACAGUCUAAGGAUUUCCAGUGCAGCGACGUAGAAUCUCUGGGUGAGCAUUCGCGGGAUGUCACGAAUAGCAGUGGAAUAUCACCAGCAAUGGCAGUGUCAGAAGGAUCAUCACACUAGGCUUUGAAUUUCUGAACAUGAUUGUUCUUACUCUCUUAGUCUUACCGAGCCCCCACCAUGCUUACCCAGAAAAAAGCGAAACUCCUCGCCCCGAGGGCCCACCAUACUGUGAUUGUGGUUUGCAGCAGACAAGCAUUAUUCUUCAAAGUGAAGUAUACAAUGUUAUAUCCCAUCUUUUCAACUUCAACAGGAAAAUGAACCUGCUGGAAAGAGAAGAUGAACAUAAAGUCCCAUUCUUUCAUUUCUUUGGUGGCUUGCAAAUUAUGUGCUCCUUUUUUACCUUUUUGGUUGAAGCUGCGUGUACCCCACUUCCCUGUGCUUGGGACAAUGCUUUAACGAUUUCAUGCGUGUUCCCCACUUUCCAAAUGUCAAUUAAAAAUCAUUUUUUUUUUUUCUUUUAAACUAGAUUUGGCUACUCGGUCUUGUGUGCUUAACACCGACGCAAAUAAAUAUACUUAUCUGAUACUGACUCA